AUGAGAUUCAUCAUUCGUGACGACGCCGAGCAGGCCAGCGUCUACGUCGCCACCUACGUUGUUGAUCGCAUCAAGCACUUUAACCCAACCCCAUCUCAUCCUUUCGUCCUUGGUCUCCCCACCGGAUCAAGCCCCCUCGGUAUUUACAAGGUCCUGGUCGAAAAGUACAAGGCCGGCGAGAUAUCCUUUGAAAAUGUCGUGACCUUCAACAUGGACGAGUACAUCGGCAUCCCCCGUGACCACCCAGAAAGCUACCACUCCUUCAUGUGGAAGAACUUCUUCCAGCAUGUAAACAUCAAGCCUGAGAAUGUCAACAUCCUCAACGGGAAUGCUCCCAACCUCGAGGCCGAGUGUGUCCAGUACGAGGCCAAGAUCAAGAGCGUGGGCGGCAUCGACCUCUUCCUCGCUGGCAUAGGCGAGGAUGGCCACAUCGCCUUCAAUGAGCCCGGCUCCAGUUUGGCGUCCCGCACCCGCGUCAAGACAUUGGCCUACGACACAAUCUUGGCCAACUCUCGCUUCUUCGAUAACGACCUCGACAAGGUGCCCAAGAUGGCACUAACUGUCGGCGUGCAGACGGUCCUCGAGGCGCGGGAAGUUGUUGCCAUCAUCCUCGGCUCAAGGAAGGCCCUGGCCCUGCAGAAAUGCAUCGAGCAAGGCGUGAACCACAUGUGGACGCUGUCGAGCCUGCAGCUUCACCCUCACCCAAUGAUUGUGUGCGACGAGGAUGCUACGCUGGAGCUACAAGUCAAGACCGUCAAGUACUUCAAAUCCAUAGAGCAGGUGGCCAGCAGCCAAGGCUUUGAGCAGAUCCUCCCUUCCUCGAUCCGCACCGGCCCCAAUGUCAAGAACUUCAGGCCCAUCUCCGCCCAGCCAGUCCCCACUACCGUUAUUGACGAGGUCUCACCCCCUCUGUCGCCCAAAGAAUCGUCCCCGACAAUCCUCAGCCCUCAACCCACGACAUCGAGACUGCUGCGUGCUUCUUCGCCGGCGAACGAGUACCCUGUACGAUCUGUGUCUCCUGAUUUCGACCUGGUCCCAGACAGGAUGGCAGACCGCCUUCCGGAUCCCGGCUUCGCAAACAGGCGGUUGACUCCCAACCCAGAAGUGCAGAACGCCAGGCAGGUUGUUUGCUAG